AUGAAGCUUGAUACUACACAUAUGCGGUACCUUACCGCAGACGACUUUCGGGUACUGAAUGCGGUAGAGAUAGGAUCGAAAAAUCAUGAGCUGGUUCCCACCAAAAUCAUCCACUCAAUUGGAGGCCUUCGCUCUGCCUCCACAACCAACAGAUGUAUUGCUGAUCUUGCAAAGCUCAGUUUGAUCUCGAAACUAAGAAAUGCCAGCUAUGACGGCUACAGGAUAACGUACAAUGGCUACGAUUACCUGGCGCUCAAUGCAAUGUACAUGAAGAAGACCCUCCGCACUCUCAACACCCAGAUAGGCGUAGGUAAAGAGUCCGAUAUCUACUCCUGUACCAGUCCGAAGGUCAAGGACUCACGUGUGCUAAAGAUUCACCGUUUAGGAAGAACUUCGUUUAGAACAGUGAGGAAUAACAGAGAUUAUCUCAAGAACAAGCAGACAUCCAGUUGGAUGUACCUUUCCCGUUUGGCAGCGGAGAAAGAGUACGAGUUCAUGAACAUUCUGUAUUCCAACGGAUUUGCUGUGCCAAUUCCUUACGACUAUUCGCGCCACUGCAUUAUGAUGGAAAGAAUUGAAGGUUUUACGAUGAGGCAGCUGAAAGACCAUUACCAGUAUAAGAAGCUCUACUCUGACCUCAUGAAGUUCAUAGUUAAGCUGGCCAACCACGGAUUGAUCCACUGUGAUUUCAACGAGUUCAACAUCAUGAUCAAGGAGAGAGACUCUUAUGAUCCUAAGACUGAUGACGGGUUUGUGGUUAUCGAUUUUCCUCAGUGUGUUUCCAUCAACCAUACAGAUGCAGCCUUUUACUUCAAACGUGAUGUGGAGUGUAUAAGAAAAUUUUUCAAGAAGGUGUUCAACUAUGCGCCCGAACUGGACAAAUCGAUGCUUGACACGGACGGAUAUGGUGAUGGUUUCAGAUAUGGAUAUCCAGAGUUUGAAAGAGAUGUCAAGAGAGAGGCCGAACUCGACGUGGAGGUGAAAGCUUCGGGGUACAGAAAGGGAAAGAAGAACGAUGACGAACUGGAAAGUGCUCUCAGUGGUAUGAGAAAUGCAGACAAUGAAGGUGAUCUGGAAUUUGACGAGGAAGAAAGCGACGAGGAUUACGACGACGAAGAAGAUCUCAGUGAAAGCGAGGAAGAAGAAGAAGAAGAAGAAGAUCACGAGGAGGAGAAUGAAAGGAUCAUCGAGGCCCUUUCGGCUGGUGUAACGGACCUGAAGAUGGAUAAGCUGGGGAACUACAUAUUAGCAGAAUAG